AUGCCAUCGACGGGUCUGUACCAGGCUCGUCAACCAUCGUUGUCGAACGAGUCAUUGUAUGCCCACACACAACACUAUGCCCCAGACGCCUACUUCACGGCACCACACUCCAACCCUCCCUCGAUGCCUUCGUCCACCGCGUCGACUCCCGCCCCCACAUCGGCCCUAGGACGGGCAGAUUCGCCCCAGCCUAGACGAAGCACCAGAGCGACCGCUACCAAGAGGGCUUCCAUCUCCUCAUUGCUUUCUUCGCCCGACAAUUCGUCGGGCGCCGACAGCUCAUCAGCGUCGUCGCCGCUGUACAAUUGGUCGGGCAGUAGCUCGCCUACUACCGCUGGUACCACACGGAGCAAUUCCGUGGUUAACACGCCAGUCAGCAUUCCUACACCAGCUAGCGCCUGUUUCGGCCCAAUCGAUUACGAUCUGUCUCGAGAUAUGUACGGCACCCAGGACGAGGACAACAAGCUGUACACGGUCGGAGCUGUGAGGUCCAAGAAGGGCAGAAACUCUCCUCGUACCGGUCCCAACGUCACGGAAGUCAAUCGCGAUGAAUACGACGUCCUUGGUCGCAAGAAGCCCAAGACCCCACGAACUCCCAUGUCAUGGGACCCCAAUGAUGAUAUCCUCCUGAAGCAAUUAAAGGAAGAGCAGAGGCUCGGAUGGAAAGAAAUCGCCACACACUUUCGUGGCAGGACUUCCCAUGCUUGUCAAUUCCGAUGGCGUCGCCUUGCAUCUGGUCAGUUGAAAUACUACCAGGGUCACCGCCGCCCUCCGCCAGUCACCACCACUUCCGCUUCUUUCGCCAAUGAGAUGGCCUCAACCGCCACUGCCGGCACCAUUUCAUCGAGCCCUAAGAUUCUGAUGAACUCACUUCACGGCACUUCGCCGUCCGCAACCACUCCGCGUGCACUUCAUGCGAUCCCGCACAUGUCCCCGACUACGGAAUCUGCACUUCCACCCAUGCACCACAAUCUCUAUCAAGUUGUGCAGCCCAACUGGGGGCAGUCUGCCAGUCUCUUCCAACCGACCCCGCUUCCGUCGCCGACUUCGUAUGCAGCCCGCUUCAUGAUCGAAGACCAUCGGGAACCCCACAGCAACUGGUCCGAACAAGAGGAUGACCUGUUGCUCAACCGCAAGCUCAGCUUCGAUGAGGUCAACGUUUUGCUCGCCGGCAGAAGCGAGUCCGAGAUCUGGAGCAGGAUGGUCAAGCUCCGCGAGAACGAGAUGACCCACAGGCAGGCCAUGAUGCCCAUGCACUGCAUGAGUGAGGUCCGCAGAGAAAGCUACGAGGAGAGAAUUCCCGGCAUUGGAAGCGUAGCCAUGAGCUACCACACCGCCUCAAGGUGA